ACGGUUUCUAACUACCCAAGUACCCAUUUCUUCUUCCUCCUCUAUAGCUCUACUCUUCACUGUUUGAACUCCAUUUCUCUCUCUGCCCUAAACCUUUCUCCUCUUUUUCCUUCCAAUUUUUAAAAAUCCCUAAAAUGUCAAAUUCAUCAUCCAAAACAAUAAACCCUCCUUCAAAACCACCCUUUUCUUCCAAAUUCAUCCCCAAAAUCUCCCCUAAAUUAUCCUCUUUACCUCUUCCCUUAAAACCCAUUUACAAAUUCCAUCUAAAAAUCCAAUCUUCACUCUCCCCAGAUCCCCAAAACCCCAGAAAACCCCUAAAUUUAAUCUCAAUUUUGACAGCUUUACCUGAUUGGGCUGAUGCAGUUCAGGAAAAGGGUAUGAGAAAAAAGAGGGUUUUGUAUAAUCAUGAAAGUUGGGCAGAACAUAGAAGCUCCCUUAGGCAUGUAAGACAUCUGUUGUCUUCACUUUCUUCAAGGGUGAUUGUCUCCCUCCUCCCUCCUGUGCUUUUCUUCACUUCUGUGGCUGUUAUUGUUUCUGGGUAUAAUACUGCUGUGACCUUGGAUUUGUUGCCUGAGUUUUUCCCUGUGUUGAGGGCAUCUUCCUUGCCUUAUCAGCUUACGGCCCCCGCCUUGGCCCUUCUGCUUGUGUUUCGGACCGAGGCCUCGUACUCGAGGUACGUGGAAGGGAGGCAGGCUUGGACUAAGGUCAUUGGUGGGGCUACUGAGCUUGCUAGGGAGGUCAUUGCUUAUGUGGAUGAUUUCAAUGAUGGGAUUAUGAAGAGGAGUCUUUUGCAGUACAUUAUGGCUUUCCCUAUUGCCCUUAAGUGCCAUUUGCUUUCUGACUCCGAUGUUAGGCGAGACCUCCAAAGCAUACUUGAAGCAGAUGAUUUAGCAGUAGUUCUCAGUUCAAAGCACCGGCCGCAGUGUAUAAUACAAUUCAUAUCUCAGAGCCUUCAGUUGUUAAGUCUAGAGAACCAAAAGAGAAUCGCAUUGGAUUCGAAGUUAUCCCGUUUCCACGAUGGGAUUAGUGUUUGUGAACAAAUAGUGGGUACACCCAUUCCUUUGUCAUACACUCGGCUGACCUCAAGGUUCCUUGUUCUUUGGCAUCUCACAUUACCUGUCAUACUAUGGGAUGAUUGCCACUGGAUUGUGGUUCCUGCCACUUUUAUCAGCGCAGCAUCUUUGUUCUGCAUAGAAGAGGUGGGUGUACUUAUUGAAGAGCCCUUCCCUAUGCUUGCACUAGAUGCACUGUGCAAGGUGCUUUGUACCAACAUUCAGGAAGCUAUUACAGUCCAGAAGGCAGUUAAAAUCCGGGUCAAUGCUAAAAAGAAGACCUACCAGUAUAACGAGCACUCAACGAAUGGUUGGCCAGCGUCACGUGUUGAUAAGACUUGAUGAAACUUGGCAACAUUUGACGAAACUUUGAUGAAACUUAAAAAGAAGACCUACCAGUAUAACGAGCACUCACGCGUGUUAUAAUGCAACAUCAGAAGAUGCAGUGUAAACUGAUUUUUCUUUCUCAGGUAAUCAACUGAGAGUGUUCUUGAAUCUGAAAGGGAUGAUUAUCUCUGUAAAUCUACGGUUUGAAGUUUGGACGACUGACCAGAAUCCUGUUUGUACAUAACUCAUAAAUAUGAUCGGUAGACAUCUGUAUGUAUGUAGUUAAAAACAAACAUGGCUACCACUUUUUGUAAAAUUUUGGCUCUUGAUAUUCCAUAUAAUUUUAUUUA